AUGGAAACCCCUGCGGCAGAGUACGCCAAUCUCAAUGGCAAUGGCAAUGGAGGCAGCACCGCUGUGGAGCAUCACCAUCAUCAUCACCACCACUAUCAUGUGUAUGAUCCGGCAGAGCCAAAUAUUCAGCGAAGGCAGAUAACCGGUGGAAGUCGGUUCAGUAUAGGAAAUGGUGUUUACUCCAGAGCGUCAACUGUGGAUGCCGGAAAUCCAAGCAGCUCAGACUCUUGUGAUAGCCAGAAUCAGAUGAGAAAGCUGAAAACGGCACCGUUGGUCCAGGCAUACGCAUCUAUCAAGACCCUUUCUCUAAGUCAUUUGACGGCCAAGCAGCAUCUCUUAAUGGCUUUAUGCAGGGACGUCUCUCUUUUACCACCUAUCACCUAUACCUUCUCCUCAUUGCGAAAGGCGUGGCGCAUACUGUUCCAAAAUAAUGUCAAGUUGUUACACGAACCGCAGUCUUUGAAAGAUGCAAUGUCUUUUCUUUUACAGAACUACGCAAAGCAUAAUGCCACUGUAAGUAACAAUUUACAAGCUGGGUCCAAUUUGGAGAGUAGCAACUUGCUAUUGAACACGUUAACUACAGCGAGGGCAUCAGAAUACAUGUUGUGUUCGCUGUGGUGCAUCGUGUCAUUAUACCUAACGUAUUCCAUAUUGGAUUCCCUUAUGGUACGCUGGAUUGUCAAAUAUUCGACACUAGCCGCUAUCCUACGAAUGUUUUCCAUGUCUCUGAUCAUUAUCACAUUAGAAUUACUACUUUUAAGCUCCUUAUCACCAAAAGGUGAUUACCAUUUACACACUUGGAUCUUACUAAGUUGCCUUUUGACUAGUGCAUAUAUUUGGCAAAAUUAUUUGACAUCAAAUCUGAACUACGUUAGUCCGAACGAUUAUGAGGAAGACUGUAUUGAUUGUGAUGAUGAUGACUUCAAUAAUAGACAUAAAAGUUCCGAUUCGAUUACAAGUAUUUCUCUUACCGGAUCACAUUCCCUAGGGAGUCCACCGGGCUCAUCCUGUACCACUGGCGCUAGGGCGAGAAAGAGCAGAAGAAGGAUCCGCAAAAGUUUUCAAUUUACAAAAAAAAGAACCAUUGACUUUUAUAACAUAACUGUAUUCUGUGUCGUCCCCGUUGGUUUCGCAAGUUUCAUUACCAUGAUUGGCUUGCUACGAAACUUGGUCAUCCAAAGGCUGGACGUCGAACAACUCGCUCGCAUGAUACAAACUACUAACUACUUUCAAGAGUGA